AUGUCUUCCAACGGCGACGAGCAGGAGGCUCUUGCUGGGCAGACCUCGAAGCGCAGCAACAGCUUCUCGAACCAGUCUGACAGCUCCCAGACAGCUGCCGAAUUCAUCCGCAGUCAGGAACUCCUCGAAGCUGACGCGCGCGAGGCUCUUCCAUUCAGCAUCGAUAACUGCACCAGACUGCUCGGCCCGCUAAAGCAGAGCGUCUUCGCAUGCCUGACAUGCAACCCGGCGCCGUCGACCGAGACCGAUUCGUGGAACCCCGCCGGUGUUUGCUACUCCUGCUCGGUCCAGUGCCACGGCGAGCACACCCUCGUCGAAAUCUUCCAGAAGCGCAACUUCACCUGCGACUGCGGCACUAAGCGAGUGCCCAGCACGAGCCCUUGCGUGCUGCAGAUCAACGACGAAACGAAUACGCGCGGCAAUGUCCACUCGCAGGAGCCCGACGUAAACAACAAGUACAAUAAAAACUUUCGCAAUCGCUUCUGUGCCUGCGACUGCGACUAUGAUCCUUUUGAGCAAAAGGGCACCAUGUUUCAGUGCCUGGGCCUAGGCACCGAGGAAACAGGCGGGUGUGGCGAGGAUUGGUACCAUCCGGGCUGUCUAGUAGGCAUGGGGCCCAAGUGGUACGAAGCGAUGACGCCGAAGAAAAAAGCCCCCGAGAAGCAAGAGAACGACAAUGGACUUGCGGUCAUUUCUGAAGUCAACGAAGACGAGAAACAGACAAGCAAGGAAGGUGAAACGAAGACAGAUGACAGUGCGGUGGAAGACGACAUGGACGAGGAACCGCCUAUGCCUCCUGGCUUUCCUGAGGAGGAAGACUUUGACGGCUUCUUGUGCUACAAGUGCGUCGAGUCGAACCCUUGGAUUCAGCAGUACGCCGGUACUUCUGGCUUCCUCCCUGCUAUCCACCUCGAGCCGACAGCGGUAGAUACGGCCCCAGCGGCCACCAGCAACAAACGCAAGGCAGAAGAUGACGAGGGACACGACGAUGCUAAACGCGUCAAAACCGAAGUCGAAGCACCUUCUGAGCCAGCAAGCACAGCUGUCAGCGAACCAACGACGGCCGCCUCUCCCAGCGGGUGCAAGCUUCCGAACCUGGGUGCCGCGCCAAAGGGCCGCUUCUCGCUCUUUUUCAAGGAAGACUUUCGCGACAAGUUCUGCCGCUGCAGUGACUGCUUCCCCAAGCUCAACGCCUUUCCACAGCUCCUCGAAGAGGAAGAAGUCUACGAGCCGCCCAUGUCGGACCACGGCGACGCAGCAUCCCAAAACGGCGGCGGUUCGACGGCCGGCAGCGGCAGCCUGCUGGAGCGCGGCGAGAGCGCCCUGCGCAACGUGGACCGCGUGCGCGCCAUCGAGGGUGUCAUGGCCUACAACCACCUCAAGGAGCGCCUCAAGCCCUUUUUCCAGCAGUUUGCCGACAGCGGCCAGGCGAUUGGUGCCGAGGACAUCAAGGCGUACUUUGCCAAGCUGCGCGGCGACGAGCAGGCCAUCAAGGACGCGGGCGAGGGCGCGGCGUCGUCGGCGCCGGCAUCGGGGCAGGAUGGUGAUUCACGCCGCGAACAAGGAGGGUUUUGA